GAACGGCCCGGAACCAGUUGGGACCUUGGACAGUCCUUUUUGGUUGCCGCAUCGGGGAAAUAAGUACUAGACGCUCAGGAAUCAACAUUAUGAUGCUAAGCUGGGCUAGCUUCGUCGCAAUUGAGUCCAUUAUGAUCUCCAAAGAUUCUAAUAUUACCGCUUUUCCAGCCCUUACUGCCCUCUGCUGCAUAGUCCUUCGAUAUCGCGCAACUGAGUAUGUUUGCCACAGAAAACCUCAUUUUCCGCGGACUCGAAGACGAUGAUCUAGAGAACAUCCUUCGUCUGCGUAACGAUCCCCUCGUCCAACGCACCCUGACGUUCUCAGCUAUCGCGCCUGCACCUUCCUCAAAGUACAAAGAACAUAUGAAGACUUUUGCGGAGGGCUCAGCGCUCUGGUUUUCUUUGGUACACAAGAAGAACUAUGAAUAUGUCGGCUUUUGUUGCAUCAAUUUAUUGGAGGCGAAGAACCGGGAUGCACGGUUGGGCGUAACUAUUGCCUCCAGGUUCUGGGGAAAGGGAUAUGGAACGGAAGCCACACGUUUCACUGUAAACCAUGCCUUCAAGCAGUUUGGAUUGCAGCGUAUCUCUUUGGAUGUUACAGAAGGCAAUGCGAGAGCACGGGCCGUUUAUACCAAAUUAGGUUUUAAGGAGGAGGGAAGGAAACGACGGGGGAAUUGGAUAGAUGGUCAUUGGGAAGAUAUCAUCGCAAUGGGGGUUCUAGACGAAGAAUGGGCGGAGUUGCAUCCUGACAGUCGCCAGCUGUGAACAAGAUUUGCAAUUGGUCGAUAUUGAUUAAUAUCCGGGGUCGACGGGGAAAACUUGUCAAUCAGAUCCGGAAUUUCUAGGCCUAGCCAGGCUAGCCUAGAGUAUGAUUUACAUAAAGCUUCUCCUGACCAGUCUCGCCGCCGUGUGCCGACGCCUAACUGCCUUAUCGGAUCGAUAUAUCUAGACUCUAUGACGUCGUCCUUCCCGUAUAUAAAACAUCUCUCUCAACCAUCAAUCUCAUCACCUCCUUUC